AAGCAAGUCAAGAAAAAGCACUGAAAUGUCAUUGCUCACUCUUUCUCUCUCUUUCUCUUUCUUGCAAGUCUGGUCGUCGCUCUGCUUUAGAAAGAAAAUGGCAUUGCGUCUUUGACCCGACGAACCAACAGACCAAACAAAAAAACCAUCACAAAGAAGAGAAAAAAAAAAAAAAACUCAUCUUUUUCUCUCUUUCUCAACUUCUCAGUUUCACACCCAAUCUUUAACUUUUGUUUCCCAUUUCUUCUCUUUCUGUUACUAUUCUUGUUUAAUUGGGUUGGUUUGUGCUUUAAUUAUUAUUAUUGUUAUUUAUAGCUUUGAAUAUUCAAACCAUUAACGUAGACCCUUUUUUUUCUUUUCUCUUUGAAGGCUCUUUCUUUCUUAUUUCUGCGAAGAAAGGAAAGUAAAGCUUGAUGCUUUUUCACUGCUGUUGCUUGGCUUCGAUCUCUUCAGUUUUGGGUUCUUGAAAAUCUCAGGUAUGAUGUUAUGAAGCUGAAUUAUUGUGGUUACAGUUAUUUUCGAGCUCGAAUGUGCAAAGAUAGCAGUUUAAGGGGGUUCUUUUAAUAAACGUUGAUGGAUUUCUUUGUGCAAAUGAUGUUGGGUAGACGAGUUUCUAUGCUUUUAAUUAGCAGCAGUCUCUGGUUGUUGCUGAGCUGUAGUUUGAGCUAUGCUACUGAGACUGAUAUUGCUUGCUUGAAGAGUAUAAAAGCCUCACUUGAAGAUCCUUUGAAUAACUUGAAUUCUUCCUGGGAUUUUAACAACAAAACUGAAGGAUACAUUUGUAAAUUUGUUGGGGUUGAAUGUUGGCAUCCUGAUGAAAACAAGGUCUUGAAUCUCCGGCUUUCAGGUAUGGGGCUCAAGGGUAGGUUUCCUAUAGGCCUCCAGAAUUGCACAAGUAUAACAGGUGUAGAUCUUUCAAGCAAUGAGCUCUCGGGAUCUAUUCCAGCUGAUAUAUCUCAUAUAAUUAAGUAUGUGACAUCUCUUGAACUCUCAUCCAACAAUUUCUCUGGGGAAAUACCGGUGGCCCUUGCGAAUUGUAGCUAUUUGAAUGUUCUUAAACUUGACCAUAACCGCUUGACAGGUCAAAUUCCACCACAACUUGGCUUGCUUGCUCGAAUUAAGACAUUUAGCGUAGCAAACAAUCUUCUGAGUGGACCAGUGCCACGGUUCAUCAAUGUUACCUUUCCAGCAGAUAGUUAUGCAAAUAAUCUAGCAUUGUGUGGGGCGCCUUUGUAUGCCUGCACUGCAAGUUCAAAGAGCUCGACUGGCAUUAUUGCUGGGGCAGCAGUUGCUGGGGUGACUGCUGCUGCAAUAGGUGUGGGUAUUGGUCUAUUCUUCUACUACCGUAAGGUAUCUAGGUUGAGGAAGAAGAAGGAUGAUGAUCCCGAAGGGAAUAAAUGGGCAAAGAGUUUAAAGGGAACAAAAGGCAUUAAGGUUUCUAUGUUUGAGAAAUCAAUUUCUAAAAUGAAAUUGAAUGAUCUUAUGAAGGCUACUAAUAGUUUCAACAAAGAGAAUAUAAUUGGGUCUGGAAGAACAGGGACUAUGUAUAAAGCAGAACUUGAGGAUGGCACUUCACUAAUGGUUAAGAGAUUGCAGGAUUCACAGCACUCUGAAAAAGAAUUUCUAUCUGAAAUGGCUACUUUGGGGAGUGUGAAACAUUCUAACCUCGUGCCUCUUUUAGGUUUCUGCAUGGCUCAUAAGGAAAGGCUUUUGGUUUAUACAUUUAUGCCAAAUGGAACCCUUUAUGAUAAUUUACACAUUGUAGAUGAGGGUAAGAAGCCUAUGGAAUGGCCCCUGAGGCUCAAAAUUGGAAUAAGGGCAGCAAAAGGAUUUGCAUGGCUCCAUCAUAACUGUAACCCCCGUAUCCUUCACCGAAAUAUAAGCUCUAAGUGCAUCUUGUUGGAUGCAGAUUUUGAACCUAAAAUAUCUGAUUUUGGCCUUGCCAGGCUAAUGAAUCCAAUUGAUACACAUUUGAGUACCUUUGUGAAUGGAGAAUUUGGGGAUUUGGGUUAUGUUGCUCCUGAGUAUACAAGAACUCUGGUGGCUACUCCAAAGGGUGAUGUUUAUAGCUUUGGAACAGUACUUCUGGAGCUGGUGACUGGUGAGAAACCUACCCAUGUGGCUAAAGCUCCUGAAAGCUUCAAGGGCAAUUUAGUUGAAUGGAUCACUCAGCUGUCAAGUAACACUGAACUUCAUGAAGCCUUGGACGUAAAUUUGGUAGGGAAGGGUGUUGAUAAUGAAAUUUUCCAGUUCCUUAAAAUUGCAUGUACUUGUGUAGUGCCAAAUCCCAAGGAAAGGCCCACGAUGUUUGAAGUAUACCAGCUUCUAAGAGCUAUUGGAGAGAGAUACCAUUUUACUGCCGAGGAUGAGAUUAUGAUGCCUUCAGACAAUGGUAGUGCUGAUUUUCUAGAGGAACUCAUUGUUGCUCGAGAAGUAACCGAGGCUAAUUGAUAAGGCGUGAGCUAGGUAAAGUAUUUUAGCAGAAUUUAUAUGUAAGUAUCUGUUGUUGUGCGCAGUUUAAAUAAAUGUUCAUAUUAUCAUAUAUGUAUACUUUAAUCAUUCACGGCCGUUUGGAGAAGUUGUUAUAAUCAUCUUUACAAUCUUCCAGCACCAA